AUGGGAUUCACGGUGUACGGCGGCGAGAACGCGCCCUACGUCUGGGUGGGCUUCCCGGGCCAGAAGUCGUGGGACGUGUUUGCGGAGAUCCUGGAGAAGUGCGACAUCGUGACCACGCCCGGCAGCGGCUUUGGCCCCGCAGGCAAGGCAGUGCGGCGCCGCAGGGCCGGCGAGGGCUUUGUGCGCGCCAGCGCCUUUGGCCACCGCGAUUCGGUGCUCGAGGCGGUGGAGCGCUUCAAGAAGGUCAAGGCCCGGAAGCGGCCUGUCGAGUUUUUCGAACAGCGCAUGCCGUGCCCCAACGGCAACGCCCAGCUGGAUCACGACAAGGACUGCCAGCCGGGCAGCCGGGGCUACCGUGGCAAGCUGACCCGAGUCGCCUGCUCCGGCUUCACUCAGGGCGCCGAACUUAUCAAGCCUGCCAAGGACCCCCCAGCCCCCUUGCCCACCACCCAGCCCGCCCGCGCGCCCAAGAAGCUGCCCGCCGCGGCGCCGCCGGCGGCCAAGCCGCCGGCAGCCAAGAAGGCCGCCACCCCCGCCCCCUCCGCCACCUUGCCAUCCCGGGGCCCCAGCAUCGUGCCGGCACCCGGGUCGGGAGCCGCCAUGCGGCUGCUGGGCGCCCGCCAGCCCUCCUGGACCGCCGUGGGCGGCGCCAAAAAGGCGGCCGGCGCGGGGCCCGGCGGCGCCAAAAGCGCAGGCCCGUUCCCGCCCGGCACGCGCCGCCCGCCCCACUUGCUGCUCUGCCCUCACUUCCUUGAGUCGGGUGACUGCCACAUAUACCGAUGCGAGAACUGCCACAGCGAGGAGGAGCAGCGGCAGCGGGAGCAGGAGUGGGCGGCGCGGCAGGAGGGGGAGAGGCGGGAGGCGCGGCGCCGCGAGCUGGAGGCUGCCGAGGCGGCGCAGGCUCGGCGGGAGGAGGAGGCAGAGGUUCUUGCCCAGCUGGAAAGCUUGGAGAUGCACCAACGGCAGCACCUGGCCCCUGCCCCUGCCCCUGCGCCCCGCGCCCCAUGGGCCGCCGCCGCCGCCCCGGCCGCCCAGCGCCCGCCCCUCCAGCUGUCCCCGCGCGCGCUGGGCCUGCUGCGCGCCUUCAAGCGCUCCCACUGCCUCAACAGCCUGCUGGAGAUGGGGUUUGCCACGGAGCGGGCGCAGGCCGCCACCGACGCGGCCGGCGGCGACGCGGCAGCUGCCGUGCAGCUGCUGAUGGAUGGCGCGCGCUGUGGCGGCGCCCGGGAGGUGGAUGUGGCCAGGGAGGUGCGGGACCAGGGCAUCGCCGCGCUGGCGGCAGGCGCCAGCGCCGAGGCGGUGGAGGCGCAGCUGGCGGCGGUGAGCGGCAACUGGGAGGUGGCCGUCGAGGCGCUGCAGCUGGGCGGUACCAUGCUGGACGGUACCACGCUGGACGGUACCAUGGUGGCGCACGAGGAGUGGCAGAGCCUGGCGCCGUCUGAGCCAGACACGCCCAGCCUGGGUGCGGCCUCGCUGCCGCCCUGGGCCGCAGACACCGCCUCUCUCCUCUCGGCGCCCAGCCCCUCGCCGCAGUCCCCCCGCGCCGCCACCACCCCCACCGCCGGCUCCUGCACCGUGCCAGAUGCGGCGCCGGGGGUGCUGUCGCUCGCCGACUUCAGCAGCGCACCGCUGGCGCUGCCCGUCGCCCUGCCGCCGAGCAGCGCCUCGGGCGGCGGCGACGGCUACAGCGACGGCUUCGCCGCGGGGCUGGCGGCGGCGCAGGCGCUGCUGGCGGCAGCGGGGGAGCGGCAGCAGUACGGCGGCGGUACCGCCGCCGCCUGGCUGCCGCAGCCGGCUGACGGAGAGGAGCAGCAGCCGGAGAAUGAGGAGGAGAUUGAGGGCCUCAUGCACAUGCUGGGCAUCGCCUGA